AUGGAUCCGUCUCCACCACCACCAGAAUCUGUACAGGAACCUUCUCCACUAUUAGACUCUGAAAAGAUACGUUUAAAACGUCUUGCAAAACUGCAGCAAGUAACUUCAAAUGAUUCAGGUGAAUCUUCCCAAGCUACUGCGUCAUCUUCUAAAACUGUGCCUGCGCGGGCAAACUCUUUACCAAAGUCGCCUAUGCAAGUAAAACCUACUUCGUUAUUUAAAAAAUAUUCAUUACCAGCCAAAGAACCUGAGAGGGUGCCACCUCAGGCUACUCCUAAAAUUAUACCUCCAACUAAAUCAUUUGAAGAUUGGCAAAAUGAUACAAUUUCCAAAGUUCUUCAAAUUACCCUUGAUAAAUCAACAGCUGAAAAAAGCGGAAAUCGAUUGAUUUAUCUUGAUUCUGUUGUGAAAACGUUAAUGGAAGAAAAUCCUGGGAUGUCUUCUUUCAAAUUGUCAAAAUCGAUUCUUGAUAACGCACUUUUUUCUCGACUCUCUAUCGACCCUAACCAAAUGAGUGAUGGCGAAGAACUUCCCCAAAUUCCCUUAUUCGAUUAUCUGCUUGAUAGUUGGAAAAGGGCUUCUGAAAUUAAAAGAUCAUUACGUGCUACUAAGACUUUAGAACAAUCAAUUAUUAAUGAACGCGUCGGUGUCAUAGAUACACUCAAAGAGCUUAUAAUUAAUUAUAUUCAAUAUGUCCUUCAAUACCCUGAUGACCUACCACAAGUUAGAAAUUCUACCAAGCUUGGUCCUAAUCAAUUAGUAUCGAGAUUAUUAGAAGAAUUUGAUUCACCUCAAGGAUUACCUUUAGAUUUCAUCAAAGAAUUAGCAAAUAAAGUUGAUGAUGAAGGAUUCGAAAAGAUGUUUUUGCCUGCAUUAUUGGGGUAUUCUGCCCAAAUAAGAACUAAAAAUAUAUUAAGCAGGGAUUAUUUAUUACCACUUAACUCAUUAGUAACCCUAUCAGAAAUAAAACCGUUAGCCGAUAAGAUGACGAAAGCACGUAAUUGGAAUCCUCCAAAUUCGACCGCAAGAAUAUUUGAAGUCGGUUCACUUUUGGGACCAUUUUGUCGAUUAUCUGCUUUUCCGACAGACGAGCCAACGAUUGCUGAAAGCUAUUUUGCUAAUGUCCAAGCAAGGCGACAAGCUGAUAUCGAUUCAGCUAUGACUAGUUUAAGAGGUGCUAUACGUGGGGUGCAGCAUUCCAUUUUCAAAAUCUUCAACAAUAUUGUUCGUUCUUCACCGUCAGCUCGAGAAGCCGUACUUGGUUAUUUUGCAGAGGUCAUUAGAUUAAACGAACGGAGAGCUCAGAUGCAGGUUGACCCAACCCAAGUCGGAACUGAUGGGUUUUUAACGAAUUUGACGAGUGUAUUACUGCAUUUUGCUGAUCCUAUCAUGGAUUUGCGAAAUCCAAAGAUUGAUCGUAUAGAUGUAGAUUAUUUUCGUAAAUCUAAUCGAAUCGAUGUUAGCCGGGAAACAAAAAUUAAGGCUAAUCAACAAGAAGCAGAUGCAUAUUUUUCAUUAGUAGAUGAAAGUACAUCCGCUCCAAAUUUUAUAUCUGAAAUAUUUUUCCUCACAAUUGCGAUGCAUCAUUAUGGUCCCUUACAUUGCUAUGAAAAUUAUAAUAAUUUUCUAAGGGAUCUCUCGGAACUUCAAAAACAAUAUGACCGAAUUAGAGCUGAUCAGCCUAAUUGGGCAGGGACUCCGAUGGCUGCGAGAAGUGAAGAACUGUUGGCACAUUGUAAAAUCGAAAAGAUGGCUUCACACAAGAUAGCAUACGAUGCACAACUUUUGGAUCAAGUUGCUUUAGAUCAUUCACUAAAAUUUUAUAAUUUAGUGAUGAAUUGGAUGCUAAGAAUCGUUGAUCCUACUGGCAAACAUCCAGAAAAACAAAUACAGCUACCUCUUCCUCCAACACCACCUGAUGCGUUUGCUAUGUUGCCUGAAUACGUAUUUGAAGACAUAACUGAAUUAUUUUUAUUUGUCGCAAAGUAUAUUCCAAGAGCGUCUGUUGUCUAUCAAGAUGUGUUAAUAGUUUUCAUUAUCACUUUUCUCAAAUCAUCAUCUUAUAUUAAAAAGCCCUAUUUAAAGGCUAAGUUAGUAGAAAUUUUAUUCUACUUUACGAUUCGUGGUGAACGUGAAGGCAGUAUAGAAAAAUUAUUAAAUUCUCAUCCUCUUGCUUUGGAUCAUUUGUUGUCAGCUUUAAUGUCCUUUUAUGUUGAGGUGGAACAAACUGGUACACAUACGCAAUUUUAUGAUAAAUUUAAUAUUCGAUAUAAUAUUUCACAAAUAUUCAAGUCGAUAUGGGGUAAUCAUGUACAUAAAGAACGAUUAAAAGAAGAAAGUCGAAACCUUGAUUCCUUUGUUAGAUUCGCAAAUUUGUUGAUGAAUGAUGUUACAUAUUUAUUGGAUGAAAGUUUAAGAAAACUUGCAGAAAUUCAUAAUAUACAAAAUGAAAUGAAUAACAAAGAGGAAUGGGAAAGUAAACCUCAGCAAUAUCGUCAAGAACGCGAAAAUACACUCCGAUCUGAUGAACGAUCUGCAACCUCUUACAUGUCACUUGGAAACGAAACAGUAAAUAUGUUGGUAUAUAUGACUGCAGAAGUUGCAGAUCCAUUCCUUACACCUCAAAUGGUUGAUCGAUUGGCAGCAAUGUUGGAUUAUAAUUUAAAGUCUUUAGCUGGUCCAAAAUGUACCGAACUUAAAGUUAGAAAUCCAGAAACAUAUAGUUUUCGACCUAAAGAAUUACUUUCACAAUUAGUCAAUAUUUAUUUGAACUUAUGUAAACAUAGAGUAUUUGUACAAGCAGUUGCAAGAGAUCGUCGAAGUUAUGACAAAGCAUUUUUUUCAAAGGCAGCUAGUGUUUUAUCUAAAUAUGGGUUACAUUCACCUAAGAAUAUCAGUGAACUCGAGAAAUUUGUUAAUGAAGUAGAAGAAACAAUUGUACUGGAAGCUGAAGGUGAAGAAGAGUUAGGUGACAUUCCAGAAGAAUUCUUGGAUCCAGUUAUCUUACCUGGAUCAAGAGUAACCGUUGAUCGAAGCACCAUCACAACACAUUUAUUAAGUGAUACAACAGAUCCUUUUAAUCGAAUGCCAUUAACAAUCGAUCAAGUCAUACCGAAUACUGAAUUAAAAGAACGAAUAGAAGCAUUUCUACAAGCAAGACGGCAAAAAUAA